AUGGAAAAAAUGUUUCUUUCACCCAAGACAGCUAAAUCACUUCGCUGCACUUUGCAAGUGGCCCAAAAUUUUGCUCGAAAUUGGGGUCGUCCAAUCGCAACAUAUGGAGCUGGAGCUGCUAUUUUGGCCAUUUACUUUAUCGAUUGGCGCGUUGUUGUUACUCGAAUUCCAUUUUACAGACGCAAAUUCAUAGACGAGGCACCUCACUAA